UAGUCGCUAGAUGUGUUACUAUCGCGAUUAUAUACAACAACACAUGAUUUGUGCAGUUUAAUCGAACUUUAGGUUACCUCCUGUCGACAAGAGAUAACUCGUAAUGGAAUCCAGUAGUAAAACUGAAUCCACUCCUAAACAAGCAAUGGUGUAUAUUUGUGGAGAAUGCCAUCAUGAUAAUGAAAUUCGUCCUAGAGAUCCUAUUCGAUGCAGAGAAUGUGGCUACAGAAUUAUGUACAAGAAACGUACUAAACGAUUGGUCGUGUUCGACGCACGUUGAUUAUUGUACAACAUAAAGUAUCACAUUACAAUAUAUAAGUAUAUGGUUGCCACCCACAAAAUAAACGACACAAAUUAAACGGAUCACGUGCUUGUUGUAUGAGUUGUUCAACUUGGCCAGAUACACUAAAUACUAAACCUUCUUCUAUACCUUGCAAUUUCUGUUCUAUCCUUAAGAGUGCCCUUUCUGCAGUUUUAUUUGUUUCACUAUGAACUAUUAAAAAAAAGACAAUUUAUUAGAAGAAUAUAUUUUGCUGUUACAAAUGUAAUUAAUGAAUAUAUAUUUAUAGAAAUAAAA